AUGCCUGUCCGGAGGGGUCAUGUUGCGCCACAAAACACGUUUCUGGGAGUAAUUAUUCGGAAAUUCGAAGGACAAAAUAAGAAAUUCAUCAUAGCCAAUGCCCGGGUGCAAAACUGCGCUAUUAUCUACUGUAACGACGGCUUCUGCGAGAUGACGGGCUUCUCCAGGCCGGAUGUCAUGCAGAAGCCGUGCACCUGCGACUUCCUGCACGGCCAGUUCACCAGCCGCCACUCGGUGGCCCAGGUGGCUCAGGCGCUCCUGGGCUCGGAGGAGCGCAAAGUGGAGAUCACCUACCACCGCAAGGAUGGUUCAAACUUCCUGUGCGCCACCCAUAUCAUCCCAGUGAAGAACGAGGAGGGCGUGGUCAUGAUGUUCAUCCUGAACUUCGAUUACAUCCUGGAUGAAGGCAGCAGUGACUCUCUGGAGAGACUCAAUCACACCUCACCUUCCAAAGCUGACCAACGGAAAGGGAGAUUCUUCCGCUUCCGUUUCCCAGCCUUACCUCUCCUGGGCAUCAGCAAGCAGUCGCUGCCCCAGGAAGACCCCGACGCCGUCAUGGUGGACUCCCCUCGUCACAGCGACGGCUCGGUGGCCACGCACGACUAUCAACUCCCCACCACCCGCGAGAGCUGCAGCCCCUCCUACGCUAACGACACCCGCGCCCUCAUCGGCCCCAGCCACUGUUCCACCCCCGUGUCAGGGCCUUUGGACCACUCAUCGCCCAAGGGCCCCUGGGACAGGAUAUACCCAGACCAGGCCAUCGCCCAGACCCAACACCAGAGCCAGGAGGACACGUUUAUCGCUGCUCCGUCAAUCCCGGGCCUCACUCCAACCGCCUCCAGAGAGAGCGUGUGCAGUAUUCGCAGAGCCUCCUCCAUACAUGACAUGGAAGGCUACGGGUCCAACUCCAAGAUGGCGUUCAGAGACAGACAUGCCAGUGAAGACAAUGGUCGCAAUAUCAAAGUAUCUCGCUCCUGGAUGGCUGGGGGCCCGCUCAGCCAGAUCAAAUCCAGCCUGCUCGGCUCCACCUCCGACUCCAACCUCAACAAGUACAGCACCAUCAACAAGAUCCCCCUCAUCACGCUCAACUUCUCCGAGGCCAACAACGAGAAGAAGUGCCCCUCGCCUCCGUCCUCGGAGAAAACCAUCAUCGCCCCAAAGGUCAAAGACCGCACACACAAUGUCACCGACAAGGUCACACAGGUUCUUUCUCUGGGUGCAGACGUGCUACCUGAGUACAAGCUCCAGACGCCACGCAUCGACAAGUGGACCAUCCUUCACUACAGCCCCUUCAAAGCAGUGUGGGACUGGCUCAUCCUCCUGCUGGUCAUCUACACGGCCAUUUUCACACCAUACUCUGCUGCCUUCCUCCUCAAUGACAUCGAGGAGCAGAGGAGGCGGGAGUGCGGCUACUCGUGCUCGCCGCUGAACGUGGUGGAUCUGAUCGUGGACAUCAUGUUCAUUGUGGACAUCCUUAUAAACUUCAGGACCACUUACGUCAACGCCAACGAGGAAGUGGUCAGCCACCCGGGCAAGAUCGCCAUCCACUACUUUAAAGGCUGGUUCCUCAUAGACAUGGUGGCCGCCAUCCCAUUCGACCUGCUCAUCUUUGGCUCAGGAUCAGAUGAGACCACCACUCUGAUUGGUCUGCUGAAGACGGCCCGCCUCCUACGGCUGGUGCGCGUUGCCCGUAAGUUAGACCGCUACUCAGAGUACGGCGCCGCCGUCCUCAUGCUGCUCAUGUGCAUCUUUGCCCUCAUCGCUCAUUGGCUGGCCUGCAUCUGGUACGCCAUUGGCAACGUGGAGAAGCCUUACCUAGAGCACAAGAUUGGCUGGCUGGACAACCUGGGGGUGUCAAUAGGUAAAAAAUACAACUACAGCGACCCCAGCUCGGGCCCUUCCAUCAAAGAUAAGUACGUCACAGCGCUCUACUUCACCUUCAGCAGUCUGACCAGUGUGGGCUUUGGGAACGUGUCCCCCAACACCAACUCUGAGAAGAUCUUUUCCAUCUGCGUCAUGCUCAUUGGAUCUCUAAUGUACGCCAGCAUCUUUGGCAACGUGUCCGCCAUCAUCCAGAGGUUGUAUUCAGGUACAGCCAGGUAUCACCUUCAGAUGCUACGGGUCAAGGAAUUCAUCCGAUUCCACCAGAUCCCAAACCCACUGAGGCAGAGGCUGGAGGAGUAUUUCCAACACGCCUGGACGUACACCAACGGCAUUGACAUGAACAUGGUCCUGAAGGGCUUUCCAGAGUGCCUGCAGGCGGAUAUCUGCCUCCACCUCAACAAGAACCUCCUCCAGGGCUGCAAGGCGUUUCGUGGAGCCACAAAGGGCUGCCUCCGGGCCCUGGCCAUGAGGUUCAAGACCACCCACGCUCCCCCUGGAGACACCUUAGUGCACUGCGGGGACGUGCUCACAGCGCUUUACUUUGUCUCCCGCGGCUCCAUCGAAAUCCUCAAAGAUGACGUGGUGGUGGCCAUCCUGGGUAAGAAUGACAUCUUCGGCGAGAUGAUCCACCUGUACGCCAAGCCGGGGAAAUCCUGUGCCGACGUGCGGGCGCUGAGCUACUGCGACCUCCACACCAUUCAGAGGGAGGAGAUUCUCGAGGUGCUGGACAUGUACCCAGAGUUUGCUGACCACUUCCUCACAAACUUGGAGCUGACCUUUGACCUCCGGGAUGAAAACGCCAAGACAACCUAUCCACAAGGAACUGACUCUAACAUGGAUGAUACCAAGUGUCGCAGACGGGUGUCGUACAAGAGGAAAUCCUCUACAGGUUCCCACAACAAGGAGCCGGUGGCCGCCUACUGCGACGCCAAGCAGGGGAGGCAGAUCUACGCCUCCUCAGCAGCUGAGGAGAAGAGAGAGUCGGCGGAGGAGGGAGAGGACGAGGAGGAGGAGGAGGAAGAGGAGGAAGGCAGAGAGGAGGAAGAGGAGCAGAGGCCCUUGUGUUCUGGUGUCCUGGGCUACCCAGUGGUUAGGGACCACUCCCUGGGCUUUGGGAUGAGCAGCGCGCCAGAUGCACAGGCUGCAGAAAACACACAAGACCAGGUUUAUAAAGAGCACCACGCAGAUGAGUGGGUGCGUCAGCGUCCCAGCGAGAGCGCCGAGGAGCCAGCCCGGUGUCAAGAGACGCCGGCCGGGGAGGACGACAGCGACACGGACCUCACCUACGGGGAAGUGGAGCAACGGCUGGACCUGCUGCAGCAGCACCUCAACAGACUGGAGUCCCAGAUGACUGCAGACAUCCAGGCCAUCCUGCAGCUCCUCCAGAGGCAAACCGCAGCAGGUCCCCCGGCCUACAGCACCGUCACUUCCAGCCCCGAGUACCAGAGGCCGGCUGUCCGGGUCCAACCGGCGUCCGCCAUCCAGGCGGAUCUCAGCCUCGGUCCUGCUCCGCCUCGGCCACAGAGCCCUGGCCCAGAGACAGCCCAGAACAAAUCCAAAGAAACCUCCCCAGUCCUCCUCCACACAGAGACUCUUCCAGACGGGACCUUUGCUGGACUGCUCGAGAGCGACGCAGACACGGAGCAGAGACCCACGCGAAGCGAUAAGCACUCUCUAGAGCGACAACACCAGAACGACAACACCAAUAGGUUCCCCUCAGGCCGACAGGCCUCUCUACCUGAUGUCCCCAGCAGCUCAGGAAUGUUGGGACUCCACAGGCCAGUUUCUGACCCGGGGCUUCCAAGAAAGUAGGUCCCCCCCCCCCCCCCCCCGCCCCGCCCCGCCCCUGACUCUCCCCCAACUCUCAAGUUUGACUCAGGGUCUAGGAAAGAGACUGAAUAUGCAAAGGAAAACAAACUGUAGACUUUCUUCCAUUCCUUUUACGGAAAAAAAUCUCCCAGCCCAAACCCUUCCUACGCUGAUUUAGAUGUAUAAAGUCCAUUUAUACAGAGGUAUUUAUACACUAUAUUAUUAACAUAUGUAAAGUCAUCAUCUACUGUGUACAUACUUCAAAUAGAACACUGCCAGCAACACGAGGCACCUGAUGUGCUUUUUC